ACGUGCUUUUCAUCUAAAGGCGAUGCCAGUGAUUUGUCCUAACCUCUACAAGCAAUGGUAAUUGUCAAUGUCUCACUUGACAAACAAGUAUGGCGUAGUUGGGAUAUUGAAAACAAAGUGCUACAUUAUAAUUUUAGUUUCAUUGUGAAGUAUAUCUUCUCCAGUGUUGUGAACAUGGAUGCGGAUAUAGUAAAAUGGAGCAACAAAGAAGUUCUUGAAUUAUUACAUAAAGAGAAAUUAAGUAGUUUAAUUGUAGAAAUUUGCAAAUCUCAGGAUAUCGAUGGUCGAUGUUUGCUAUCUUUUCUAGACAGAGAUUUUUACGACUAUCCAUUUGAUAAGUUAAAACUAGGCGAUCGAAAAAGAUUUAUUUUAUUAGUGAAGAAGUUGCAAAAAAAUAAUAGAAAUGCUAUGUGUGAGCUGGGUUUAUUUGAUGAUUCAUUAUCCAACCCCGCGACAAAUAUAAACUUUGUUGGCACCAAUUUAUCACAUUUAAGUUAUAAUCUUCAUAGUCAAUUACAAAAUGAGGUGUAUGGAAGAAGUACAGACUGCGUGACCAAUUACACAGACAUAAAGGCAUCAAAAUUAAAACCAGAGAUAUGGAAAACAGCCAUCGCAUUGGGCUAUCUUUUCUUAGUGACCUGGGUGACGGCGGUGGUCAUGGUAAUAGUGCAUGAUAAGGUCCCAGAUAUGAAAAAGUAUCCACCCCUUCCUGAUCUCUUCCUGGAUAAUGUGCCCCAUAUUCCAUGGGCUUUUGAUAUGUGUGAAAUUACUGGUUCUCUACUUAUGGCUAUUUGGCUAAUAGUACUUUUUUUCCAUAAACAUAGGUUUAUAAUUCUUAGAAGGUUCUUUGCUUUGGCCGGGACUGUGUUUCUGUUGCGAUGUUUUACAAUGCUAAUAACAUCGCUGUCCGUACCCGGUUCUCACUUAAAGUGCGAGCCUAGAUUCUAUCCACCUGCCGAUGAUCUGACUGUCUGGGGGAGAAGACUACAGCAGGCCUACGACAUAUGGAGUGGUGCUGGAAUGUCAGUCAGGGGCGUGCGGACUUGUGGUGACUACAUGUUCUCUGGGCACACAGUCGCUUUGACUCUACUCAAUUUCUUCAUCACUGAAUACACCUCCCGAAGCCUGUACCUGAUGCAUAUACUGACGUGGGUGAUGAACAUGUUCGGUAUUUUCUUCAUUUUGGCUGCGCACGAGCACUACUCCAUCGACGUCUUCAUCGCCUUCUACAUAACAUCGCGGCUCUUCCUCUAUUACCACACGCUCUCAAACAACCAGGCGCUCAUGCAGAACGAUUCUUCUAGGACUCGAAUAUGGUUUCCGCUGCUGUCAUUCUUCGAAUCCGAGGUGGACGGGAUCGUGCCGAACGAGUACGAGGGUCCCGUGACGAUCCUGAAUAACUUGAGGCAGUGGUUCGUCCAGCUCGUGACGGACGUGAAGACCUCAUCGAUGGCGAAGAUAGCGGGAACGAAGCUACAAGAGGGCGCUGCCAUGGGGGAGUACUCCGUGGUCAGACUAGUCGACGGCAUCAAGAGGAACCUCAGUCUCGUGGAGGAGUUCAAGAACUCGCGCCAGAGGCUCGUCACCCUCGACAAGAACGUGCAAGCCUGCUUGCUUGACGAGCUCCCCGACGGUGAACACAGAAUUGAGGACCUGAGGGAAUCCUUUCGCAGAGACUUCAGCAGUCCACCCACUCCGGUCGUCAAGAAAAAUAUAUGAAACGUCAUAGAGGCUACUUCGUAGUAACAUUUCGGGUAGACGUACGCCGAGACUUCAGAUACCUGAGCGUUAUACAUUUCCAUUGUAGAUUUUAUAUCAAGUUAUUCCAUAUUUAUUGUUAAGUUAAGAAUUUAGGAAAUUUUUAAGGAAUUUAUUUGCUCAAAGUAAUAAUCAUGAAAUAUAUUAUGCUUUCAUCUUUACG